CAGUUCUCUAGCUAUAUAUAUUCAGCAAAAUAUAUAUUUGGUAAAUACAGUAAAGAGGAACCCUCCGAAUCAGAACAUGCAGGAUCAGAUGGAUGAGGUGGAGGAAGUGAAGUCGAGCCCAAUGAGUAAUCCAAACAUGACCCCUAAAAGUCCGUUCGUUUCUCGUUUUAUGGCGACUCCUUUGGCGAGUCCGAUGAAGAAGGCGAUGACAAGCAUGCGAGGCUACCUAGAAGAAGUUGGACACUUGACAAAGCUUGAUCCUCAGGACGCAUGGCUGCCCAUCACCGAGUCCAGAAACGGAAAUGCCCUCUACUCCGCCUUUCACACGCUCAGUUCCGGAAUCGGCAUUCCAGCCCUCCUUCUUCCUUUAUCUUUCGCUACUCUUGGCUGGGCAUGGGGAAUUAUAUGUCUCUCGGUGGCUUUCAUGUGGCAGCUCUAUACUCUCUGGUUACUGAUACAACUGCACGAAUCCGAAUCGGGAGUGCGCUACAGCAGAUACCUUCGACUUUCCAUGGCAGCUUUUGGUGAGAAGCUAGGGAAAAUUCUGGCAUUGUUUCCAAUCAUGUACCUCUCAGGUGGUACGUGUGUAACCCUGAUCAUGAUCGGAGGUGGGACCAUGAAAAUAUUUUUCCAAAUCGUGUGCGGUGAGACAUGCCGCCAUGUAAGUCCACCGUCAACGAUAGAGUGGUACUUGGUGUUCACCGGCACUGCCAUUCUUCUCGCUCAGCUUCCUAACCUCAACUCAAUAGCUGGGAUUUCCCUCAUUGGAGCUAUCACCGCCGUAAGCUACUGCACACUCAUUUGGGUGGUUUCUGUCACCAAAGAUAGACCCAAUGGUGUUUCUUAUAAGCCGCUGGAAACAAAAUCUGAUGCAGCCACCGUUUUUGGCGUCCUAAAUGCGCUUGGGAUCACUAUCUUUGCUUUUAGAGGCCACAACCUUGUGCUUGAAAUACAGGGAACCAUGCCCUCGAACAGUCAGAGGCCGUCGCGUUUGCCGAUGUGGAAGGGAGUGAAGUUCGCAUAUCUCAUCAUCGCACUGUGUCUGUUUCCCCUGGCAAUUGGCGGCUACUGGGCUUACGGAAAUUUCAUACCUUCAAGUGGAGGGAUGUUAGAUGCUUUGAACAAAUACCACGGACACGACACAUCAAAAUUUGUCCUAGGAUUGACGAGCAUGCUCGUUGUGGUUAACUGUCUAAGCUCCUUUCAGAUAUAUGCAAUGCCGGUUUUCGACAAUCUGGAAUUCAGAUUCACUAGCAGCGUGAACAAACCUUGUCCGCGGUGGCUACGCUCCGGAAUUAGGAUUUUCUUCGGCUGCGUUGCAUUUUUUAUAUCUGUUGCACUGCCAUUCUUGCCCAGCUUAGCAGGACUCAUCGGAGGAGUUGCGGUUCCAAUCACCUUGGCGUAUCCGUGUUUCAUGUGGAUAUUGAUCAAGAAACCUUGUAAAUGUAGCACAAUUUUUAACUGGGCACUCGGAGCCUUGGGGAUAGUCCUAAGCAUAUUAAUCAUCACCGGAGCAAUUUGGAACAUAGUCACGAUCGGAAUAGAAGUCCACUUCUUCAAGCCUCUGAAUAAGUAACCGAGGCAACACCACCACCAAGGAGCCUCCCGCUCUCGACCUUAACUAUCAACCGAUGCCUCUUUCACUU